UACUUGUUUUAUAUAUGAUUUAUCUCCAACAAUUUCAGGUUUCAGGUUCCAUAAAAUGUACUAAUUGUGUUGUGAGAUUGUUUUUUGUUGCUGUUGGAAAACAAAAAAACACAAAAAAAAUGAAAAAUACAAAACAAAAGUGUAAUGUCAGUGUAAGGUGUGAUUACAGGAGGUUGAAGGUCAUAUAAAAACUAGUCUGGGCUUCUUUUGCAGUUGUUGUAGCAUAUGUUGGGUAACACUCUAUACAGGGGUGGGAAACUGAUUUUCCCAAGGGACCACAUAAGAAACAGGCUCUGAUGAGGAUGGCUGUUGUGAAGGGAAGCAGACCUAGUUUCUCAUGUGGCCGCUUUAAAAAAUUAAUUGGCCACCCUUGCUCUAUCCUGUAUUGGUUGCAAACUCCCUUCUACAAUUUUUUUAGAUUUUUACUUUGAAAUUCCUUUAAUUUCAUGCCAAAAUUAAUUGUCAUUCCAUUAUGUUUUGAUUAAUAACAUAAUAAUAGUGCUAUUUACACAUGCUGAGUGCAUGAAGAGUGUAAUAUUUUCCCUUUUUUUGUUACAGUGUAAUUUUGCAUGCAAAAGCAGAUAUGACCUACUGCUGUAAUUAAGUGAUAUGAGACAAUAUAUUAAGGAGAGUGGCAAAGGGGAUCAGAAGAGUUGUUUGCACAAGACAACAAAGCAGGGGAAUUGGAAUACAUGUGUCUCUAAAAUAUGAAGAAACUAUACUUGACGUAUAUUUAUUGAUCCAUUUAUCUGCCUUUAGUUAUUUUUGUUUUGUUGCACUUUAUUCUAAUUAAUGGGGUUUUUCAGCAUGUAGAAUAGGAUAGCACUUCACAAAAUUGUGGAAAGACUGCUCCAGGUGAGGUUCGAACUCACAACCUCGGCAUUGCUCUGCAAUGUACUGUCAUAUAAGUACCGCGCACUAACCGAUUGCGCCACUGGAGCACAUAAAUGAUUUUCCAUAUUGAAUUAAAAACAUACUUUUUGUACAUUGAAUGUUUUGUGGCUAUUCUACACACACUAUUUUACAUGAAGCAGCUGUUUUUAGCCACUGAUAAAUUUCUACUAGUCAGUCUUGUGACCAUCUGGGAAUGUGUGUGUGUUUCAUAAGAGAGGGAGAUGGAGGAAGCGAGAAAGAUGGUAAGUGAGCAAGAGGCAGAGAGAAAGAAUACGACUCACUGAGGGAAGGAGGGACCAAAGACUUGUUUUUUUGCCUGUGAAGCCUGCUGCCAGUCUUCAACCUGCAUCUUCUCCCUAGAAGCUGUAACGUCAGCCCAAGUGCGACACCACAACUCGACAUUAGCGUCACCAAAAGUGAGCCGCUGAGAAUUGCUGUCCCCAUGACCAUCUUCUACGGCAUCAUCUUCUUGUUUGGAGUAUGAGUAUUACAUUUACUGGAUACAUCAUCAUGCAGCCCAAGGCUAUUAAAUUGCAAUGCACAAUGCUGAAUGUAAUAAUUAUAAUAAAACUAAAGCAGCAUCACUAACCCACGCUACUAGUCGUGAAGAGCUAAUAUUAUGCAGUGUUUCACACUGUACAGCACAUAAUUUUCUCCCCAAAUGCUCUGCAGGUCUUAUUUAACGGUGUAAGCAUACUGACCCUUCUCAUGGAUGCCCACAUGAAAGUCAGUGCCAUUCGUUUCUACCUUCUCAGCCUGGUUAUAUCAGACAUUCUGCAGCUCUUGACCAUCCCAGUAACAUUGUAUCGGUAUUACUGGGAGAGCUACCCAUGGCGUCUGGGUCAAGCAGUGUGCAAGGUCUACUUCAUGAUCCGCCAAUUGUACUGUGCCACCACAAGCUGGGUUAUCGUCACCUUCACCACUGAACGCUAUGCAGCCAUUUGCCACACCAUGUGGUCUGUCACCAGCCUCCAGAAGUCUCGAGUGCCGUGCCUUUUGUCAGUAUGGAUGAUUUCUCUGGUCUCUGCUGUCCCCUUUGCACUGGUCUAUGACCAGGCACGCGCUUGCAUCCUGGACUAUACAGCUACCACUCAAGAAGAUGCCUUCCAAGUUUCUACCAUGUGUGAGAUGACAGAGCCAGAUCCUGCUCAUAUCUACAAAGGCGCCUUACUUCUGAGAGCCGGGUUCUUCUUUCUGGUCCCACUAGUGUCCAUCUUUACUCUUUAUAUGCUCAUCCUGCACUACCUGAGGAAAAAUAGCCAUCAAAGGACAAACAUGGGUCUUAUGCCACAGGAUCCAGAAGGAAGACGAGCAAUCAAGUGUCACCAGAAUGGGAAACUGCUUGUAAAUGAAAAGAGAGCUCUAAAACUAAUGGGUGCAGUUGUGGUGGCUUUUUUUGUUUGCAACUUUCCUGAUAUCGCCUCAUCACUUAUGCAGGUUUACGUGGUUGUGUGGUCCGACACGGUCCUUUCCAUUUACACAAUCUUGAAAUCGUAUUUGUCCCUCCCACUGUGGUAUAUCAACGGUGCUUUGGACCCCCUGUUGUUCUGUAUUUCCUCCCGCACAUUUCGCAGGGCGUGCUGGAGAACCCUGGGUAAGCUCAGACCUCACUGCUACUGGACAUAUGGGCUCAUGUCUUGGCUGAGACAGAGGUCUACAGAAGAAGCAAACGUGACAGCCAGAGAGAGGAUUGAUGGUAAAUUCUGUGAAGAAAAAUGUGAAAAGAAAUUUCAAUAUAGUGGCUAAAAAUCAGAUAAGAGGAAUGGAUGUGAUGGUGAUAAACAUGAAAGCCUCUUUUCAGUAUGAGCUGCACUGAUAAGCACUCUGAAUUCUGUGCUAUACUCUUUCAUGCUAUUGUAUCACUGCCUCCUUUCAUUUCUUUCUCUUGUUCAAGGUUUUCUAAGUCUUUUUGUAAAUAUGGUAAAAUGUUUGACUCUUUCUACAGUACAUGUGGAAUUCACAUUUUCAGAGUCCUUUUCGUGUAGCUACAGAAGAAAAUGAUUUUACAGCAACUGGUGUAAAGCUCACGUUGUGGUGUGCAGUCUUACAUUUGUGUAUAAAAUUAGAACACAGCAUUUGCAAAGGAUUACCAAACAAGAUAUUUAUGAGUCUGUUGUUAUAAAGAAGUUUCAAAUAUAUGUUGAAUAAGAUUAAUAUUGAAGUUUGUUACAGGUGUGACAUAUUCAUUUUUCAACAUGGAGAAGAUUCAUGCGCUUGUAUGCAUAGCUGAUGCUGCACUUGACUUUAACUGUUUUUUUGGUUUUUUUAAGAAAAGGUAACUCCCUAAAUGAGUCAUACAUGUGCUGCUUUCCGGCAUCGCUGAUUACACAUGAUUAUGUGUUUUCUUCUCAGAAAACUGUUUAAAACUGGCUUGACUAUUCCUACAUUUUUAACAUAAGUCAAUUUGUCUGUAAAUUUCACAAUACGCAGGAUAUUUUCAAACUAUAUUUCAGACCUUUGAGACCCUUGUUGUAUGUUUAAUGCUUUAUAAAUAUAUGUUUUUGUCAAAUAUGUUUAUGUUUUAUUCUUUGGAGCACACAAGUCAAGUUUGUGUUGCCAAGACAACCAAACACCAGGAGACCUGGCUUGACUGAGACCUCGCCGAUCAGCAUUCUAUAAAUAUAGACUCACUCAAGUAUAACCUGUGGAUGUAUUAUGUUCCUGGACACAGCAUGAUGUUGAUUUAUAUGACAUUUUAGUGCACAAAGGUUCUAUUUAGUCAUUAUACACUUUUUCUUUGGAUUUGGCUGCUUUUUCACUUAUUUUCAGUUUAGCCCUUGUACCCGACCAUUUUUAGAGGAAUGUUUUCUUCUUUGUUAAACCACUUAGUACAGACAUAUGAAUCACAAAAAGGUACCUAUAUUAAGAGAUGAAUCAGCGUUGUAUCAUCAGAUAACAGACAACCAAGCAAAGAACUGAAUUUAGGUUCUAUCUUUAGGCAGAUGAGACAAAUACUUUAUUUUUAUAUCAAUUUUUAAAAACACACAAUUACUUUUUAGUCUUAUAUUCAUUUUUGCAUACAUACUCCUAUACACGUGUAUUAGAAGAACAAAAUGCCACAGAUAAUGGCCCAAAAAAAUCAGAGAAAGGGUAAGCUAUAGAAAUAAGUUUUCAAUAGUCUUUUAAAUUAAACUGGUUUAAUAGGAUGAAGGAGGCUGUUCCAGAGCUUAGGUGCCAAAACCUCAACGUCUGGUGUUAAAAUAACUGGCUACCCCAAUCAGAUGAUUGGAGAGACUGGCUGAAGUUAUAAAGUCUCAUUAGCUCUGCUAUAUACACAGGAGCCUGUACACGUAAGGCUUUUAUUAACAACAAAUUUACUUAUUAAGUAGUUAGGAAGUGUACAAAAACUGUGCUGUAAGAGGAUUGUUUUUAAAAGUUUCUAUUUAUUUUUUUAAGAAGUUUGCAAAACUGUGUCCAAAAAAAUAAAGCGUAUUUGUCCAAAUAAAUACAGUGUAUGCCAAACCUGUAACCUACAUACUUUGAAUUGCUGUAUGUAUUUUAGAUGUAUCAAAAUGUUAUACUACUUUCCAGGUUUAGUAACUGUAUAGUCUUUGAUCCAUGUUAACAUUACAAACAUCUGGUUACUCUAACAACAGAUGCACAGAAACAUAACAUCAAAUGAACAUCAGAAGGACAAAAGCCACAUAUACCCAGAUGAUUAAGGGGCACUUCUUGCCCCUUAAUCGCACACACUUGCAAAAGGUGCAUCACAGACUAAAACACUAAAUGUGUACAAUGCCCCAGCAACCCAUCUCUGUCUAAGGAUCUUAAUAAUUUCUGCACCCAC